UAAAACGUAAUAUUUAAUAAAUGAAAGAACUCUGAUAUUGUACUAGCGCUGUUUAUUUCUUUCCAUUUUGUUCUAAACACAAAUGUUUUAAUUAAUGAUAAAUGACGAAUAGCAAUUGUUUUAUUAUCUCUGUAUGUAAAUAUAACUUGAUAUGAUAAAGAAGAAUAAAGGUGCGUUUUGAUCUAACGAGCAAGUGUUCAUUUCAAGAAAAUUCAAAUCUACGCGAAUCUUGUAAUAGUUGAUUAUACUUCAAUUUGACAUGAUUGAAUUUGCCUCUUCUUAAUUCCAUAAGAUUCGACUUCACGCGAUUCAAUUUAUGCUACACAAUUUGAAUACACUACAUAUCAUGACAACGUAAAAACAGUAAUAAAAUAUUUACCGUUCAUGAUUAGUUUUAUGCGCAAAAAUGGCAAGUUUCUUUGGCGAAGUUGUAUUUCCAGUUUCACGAGCAUUUUGGGAUGAAGAAGAUGAAAAUGCACCAACUGGACAACCGGUAUAUCAACCCAAAUUUUUUGUUCAGUGGUUAAAAGCAAAGCCAAUUCGAAUCAAUACAGUAAUUGUAGUUGAAGGUGAAAUGUUAAUUGAUUUCUCAAGGGAAUGUUUGGCUCAAAAUUCAGAAGAAGUAUGUUUUGUAGAAGAUGACAAACAGAAAAAAGCAUGCUCAAUUUACCAAGUUAAUGAAGAGGUAUAUUUGUGCAUUGUGUUAACACAUUUUGAUGUCAAAUUUUCUAGUAAACUUGUAGAUAAAAUGACUGAUAUUUUAUCAAAUGUGGAAAAUACAAUUUGCAUAACAUGUCGGCAUAUAUCACAGUUUAAAAAUAAUAAUGUACCAACUGACCCAUCAUUCUUAAGAAUGUUAGCUACAAAGUGUGGAACUAAUGUUUGCAAAUUGAAAGUACCUUUUCUAGAACAACCAAAUAUUGUAUAUGGUGUCACAGCAGGAGUUUUAUCCUAUGCAGAAUUCACGGGGUUACCUGCAGUUUUAUAUGUUUUAUAUACAGACAGUUUUGCAUUGGACUCAUCAUCUGCAGAACCUCUUAUAAAAAUAUUUGAAGCUAUGAACUGUACACUACAUGAUGUAUCAUUUGCUGGAAAAGAUUUUUUUAAUAAAGGCAAUCUUUAUUUGUAGAAUUUCAACUAA